GAGGACCUGGUGGCCUCUGUGGUACACGUGCUGACCCACCGGCAUGAGCUUCGAGGCUGGACCUGGAGGAAAUCCACAGUGCCCCACGAUAGUAUGCAGGCCAUGGUCGCCCAGCUGCUCUCAGAGAUGAAGUUUCAAGGCAAGUGUGGGGCUGCGAUUCUCUGUCCUGUGAUUCAGACCUUGGCGUGCUGGAGUGCGUCAGUCGUCACGACUCAAACCUCCCAGGGAGGCUCUGCGGUGGCAUGUGCCUGCCUCCCUUGCUCUGCGAUUGCUGUGGGAUAUCCCCGUGUACUCCAGCUAUGCAGAAGCCAUUGCGUCAUCAGGCUCCCUCCUCUGGUUUCAGUGUCUGAAAUCCUUGGUCAGUUUUAUAGAAAUGGCCUCAGUAUUUUUGUUGAUUUUUAAAAAGAUUUCUUUUUAUAUGUGUGUGUUGCAUGUGUGUGGGAGUGUGUGUGUGCAGACGCCACCAGAAGAAGGUGUCAGAUCCCCAAGAGCUGGAGUUAACAGGUGGUUGUGAGCUGCCUGACAUGGUCCUCUUCUGAAGCAGCAUUCGGCCUAACGCGCAGAGCCAUCGCUCCAGCCCAUUUAACUAAAAGCAAAGCUAUUUUUACAAACAGUCUAGGUGAUUCUUCUCGACUGCUUUUUUAGGCCACUUUACUUCUGUUUGCAUUAGAUUUGAUUGUGUCUUUUUAGUUCCUGUGUUUAUGUACAGGUAUGUUUAUGUGUGUGUAUGUUUGUAUAUAUGUAUGUUUCUGUGUCUGCCUGUCUGUUUAUGUGUAUAUGUGUAUGUGUGUGUGCAUGUAUGUAUCUCUGUGUGUAUUGUGUGUGUUUAUGUGUGUACAUAUGUAUUUCUGUGUAGUGUAUAUGUGUGUGUGUAUGUAUGUAUCUCUUGUGUGUACUGCGUGUGUAUGUGUGUGGUCUAUAUGUAUAUAUCUCUGUGUGUAUUGUGUAUGUAUAUGUAUGUGUGUGGUGUGUAUGUAUGUUUGUGUGUGUGUAUAUGUGUAUUGGGUGUAUAUGUGUGUAUGUGUGUGGUGUGUAUGUAUGUAUGUUUGUGUGUGUGUAUGUGUAUUGGGUGUAUAUGUGUGUAUGUGUGUGAUGUGUAUGUAUGUAUGUUUGUGUGUGUGUAUGUGUGUGGUGUGUAUAUAUGUGUGUGUGUAUGUGUGUGGUGUGUAUGUAUCUAUGUUUGUGUGUGUAUAUAUGUAUUUUGUGUGGUGUAUAUGUAUGUAUAUUUGUGUGUGCAUGUGUAUACAUGUUCAUGUUAAGUAUCUUCUUCAGUUGCUCACUGUCUUAUUUUUUGAGUCAUGGUGUCCCACCAUUGGAUCUGGGACUUACCAGUCAGCUAGGCUGGCUGACCAGGGAGUCCAGGGAUCCACCUGUCUGCCUCGCCUCCCCAGUGCUGAGGGUAGAGAGACACAGCCAUAGGUCUGAACACAUGUCUUCAGGUUUGCUUGGCAGGGACUUUACCAACUGAGCCAUCCCUCAGCCCCAUUUUCCUAGUUUCUUAAUGUUCGGAUGAUUAGGUUGAGGUCGGCCUUCUUCAGGGUAGGUGUUUGUAGUUUCCCUCUAAAUCGUCCUUUGGCCACGAGAGGUUCCCAUGUGCGGCUCUGGCUUUCAUCGCUCUUGGUGUUUUAACUCAUCUAUUUGGUUUUCUUUUUCUGUGUGUAUAUAUGUGCACAUGUGUGGGUGUCGGCAGAGUCCAGAAGAGGGUGUCAGGCCUUCUGGAGCUGGAUUUACAGGCACUUAAGACACUAAUGUGGGAAAUCCAACCUCACCUUGGUGAAGGUGAGGCACAUGCCUGUAACCCCAGCGCUCAGGAGAGAGGGGCAGGCAGAUCUUUGAGUUCGGGGCCAGCCUGGUCUACAGAGUGAGUUCUAGGACAGCCAAGGCUACACAGAGAAACCCUGUCUCCAAAACCACCACCAACAAAAAGAUCAACCUAACUGAGUUUACACUUGGUUUUCCACUCCCAGGGAAACAGUACGGGCAGAAGUUUCUGGGCCCUCAGUGCCUGGACCAGGUGUGCGACCAAGCCAUGAUCGAGGAGUGGGUGUUCCAUGUCCCUCUCGUGGGCGUGUUUCUGAGCGUGGUCAUCCACAGGGGCCUGUGCCUCCUGGCCUCAUCCUUUGACCUCUCCACGCUGGUCCCCGAGUGCCACGUGGACGGAGGGAGGCCGUCUGAGAGCAUCCUGGAUGUGCUGUCCGUCAUCUACCUCAGCUCCCACCUGGCAGUGGAACACCGGCAGUGCUGGCGCCUGCUGUUCUCCACGCAGCUCCACGGACAGAGCUUCUCCCAGCUCUGCAGCCUCAUCACGAGCCAGGGGCCCAGCCUGAUCGUCCUUGAGGACAGGGAUGGCUACGUCUUCGGUGGCUUUGCCUCCUGCUCCUGGGAAGUCAAGCCUCAGUUCCAAGGGGACAACAAGUGCUUCCUGUUCUCCAUUGCCCCCAGAAUGGCCACGUACACGCCCACCGGCUACAACAACCACUUCAUGUACUUGAAUUACGGGCAGCAGACCAUGCCCAACGGACUGGGCAUGGGUGGGCAGCACCAUUACUUUGGGCUUUGGGUGGCUGCUGAUUUUGGGAAAGGACACAGCAAGGCCAAGCCGGCGUGUACCACCUACAGCAGCCCACAGCUGUCUGCCCAGGAGGACUUCCAGUUUGAGAAGAUGGAGGUGUGGGGACUUGGCAACCUCUCAGAGAAAGAUCAGGGCACGAACAAGAAGAGCAUCCUGGACUCAAAUCCUGACGCCCGGAGCCUGUUGGAGAUCAGUGGACGGACUCGGCACAGCGAGGGACUUCGGGAAGUCCCCAAGGAUGAGGACUGAAGGUCCUGGACAGUUUCCCGGGGCAGGGGCAGGGACUCCCCCAGGGAUGCAGGGCAGACUCCUCACUGCUGGGUGAGCAGAGAGAACUCUUCUUACCCUCUGUCCUCACUCCUGCUUAGCCUUAACACAGCCAUAUGGUUACACCCAGGUCAUCAUGGACAUAAUCAAAACACAGCUAUGCGAAGAAAUGCCCCUCUGAAGCCAUAACUGAUGGGUGUUGCCUCCCAGGGGCCCUGAGUGCAGGUUAGAACCUUGGCCUUAAACGUUUGUCUUCUGCCUUUUGUCCAUGGCAUCCAAAGACAAAGAGGCUGGAAAUCUUCCGGGGCUGGAGGUCUGCAGUUGGGGGGCACAUUCUUGCCUUGUGAGGGGGCACCAUGCCUGGCCUUUGCUCUGAGGUCCCUGUAAGUGCCCUGAUGGCCCGUCAUGAGCGGAAAGACAGGAGUGCUUAGAUGAGCAUCUUGGUACUCUGUGAGAAUACCCCCACACACCCCCAGCAUGGAAUUUGUGGGUUUGUAGCUGAAGAUCUGAGGGAAAUGUCUCUGGGGCAGGUCCUCAGAGUGGGCUAGCCAUGGGGUCCCAUCUAGCUUUCUCAACACUUUUAAAGUGAAUCUAAUGAACAAGUGGGGAAACCCACUAUUUACCCAGAGACCAAACCUUUACUGUGCUGCUAACCCAGAUAUGGGAUCUGGGACCUUUGAGGGGACUUGAAGCCUGUGUGCUUGCCUAAUGUGUGCAUAAGAGCCACCCAUCCCAGAUGUCAGUGGUGGGUGAUGUCCAGCCCUGGCUGGGAGUAUCAGCCUCUAGGAGCCUUCUCUGAGGUCACAGCCCAGGGUUUCUCAUGAGGAGGAUGGGCCAUAGGACAGCAUAGGCUCACUUCAGACAGAUAGGAGAUGACUCAGGUGGCCAGGCUGCCCAUCACACCGGGCGCCCAGCUCCACCCACCGAGAGGAGCUUGUGGGCCCCUGAGACUUCUACGUCUUGUUCAUCUUUUGUUGCAAACUUCAACCUCUAUGGAUCUGACACAGUUUCACUUUUGCAUACACAGUUUGCCUCAAUCAAAAGCCACAGUAAAGUCGACUAUGCACGCAUUUUUCCCGUUCUGUAUUUUUGCCCAGGAAGCUCCUGGAAUUUUCCAGAUAACAACCUUGAGCAUGACGGAAAGUCUGAGGCAAGACUUUCCCACGAAAGUACCACUUCUGUGCACGGAGGGAUUGGUGCGCGGUGCUGACGAGGCCUGGGCCACUUUGGUUUUCUUGGCAAGAAGACCGUUGUCAGUGGUAUGUGGGAUAGAGAGAGAAAACACUAGAAUCUCCAGAGAACCCCUGUGUAAUUUCACAGAAUUGGGUCACCGUGCUAUGGAGUGUUUUUUGUUUUGCCCCCCCCCCAUCCCCCAGGAGACAGGGUUUCUUUGUGUAGCCCUGGCUCUCCUCCAACAAGCCAGCCUCCAACUCAGAGAUGCACUUGCCCCUGCCUCCCAAGUGCAGGGAUUAAAGGUGUGCACGACCACUGCCUGGGAAGUGGGAAGUGUUUUUCUGUUUGUUUUAAAUAAAAAUGCAGUCAUGUCUUUCA